AGAUGGCUAACAUCGCAGUGCAGAGGAUCAAGCGGGAGUUCAAGGAGGUGCUGAAGACCAGGGAGACGAGCAAAAACCAAAUUAAAGUAGACCUUGUAGAUGAGAAUUUUACAGAAUUAAGAGGAGAAAUAGCAGGACCUCCAGACACACCAUAUGAAGGCGGAAGAUAUCAACUAGAGAUAAAAAUUCCAGAAACAUAUCCAUUUAAUCCUCCCAAGUACAAACAAAAUUCAGAAAUGUUUAAACAGAUAGCUUGACUUUGGGCACAGUAUGCUGCAGCACCAGUUUCUAGUCCAGAAUACACCAAAAAAAUAGAAAACUUUUGUGCUAUGGGCUUUGCAGUAAUAGUGGUCUUCUCUUCAACAUCAUGGGAUGUAGAGACUGCAACAGAAUUACUCCUGAGUAACUGAGCCAUGUAGAGAGUUGCUUCAGUAGUCCAGCUUGCCCCUUCUGGAGGAGCAUCACCAUCUGUUAUUUUUAGGAUUCUAUAUAGAUUCUCUUUUAAAACUGGCACUCUUGCCUGAUGAUGCUAUCUAGGCACGAUUGGAGACAGAAAGAAU